UAUGGCAUAAUCAUUUGCAAUCUUAUAAAAUUCGUUCAAACAUUUCGGAGAAGGACAUUAUAAAGAAUCUAUGGAGUAAUCUACAAUUUAAGUCUAGGGAAUUGCAGAAAUUUAAACAGCUUAAAGAGUAGUCUGAUUAAAAUCAAUCAAUGGUACAAAUUAAUGAAAAUAUCAUACUUUGCGAAUACAAUAUAACUAGGGAUGCCAACGCCUGUAUUUCAAAAUUAGAUGAAAUCAUUGAUGAAAUUAGAAAACCAUAAACAUAAAAGAGUAAUUAUUAAAGCCAGUGUAUAAUUUUAGAAAAGAAAUAAGAUGAUGAUAGUAUUUUGCAAUACAAUAAAGCAAUCAUGUUAUUUUUGAGUGGGAAGAUUAGACAAGCUCACAAUCUCUUGAAAUAAUUGAAAGACAACUAUAAUCUUGACAUUUACUUAAAUAUUAAAGUCAAUCUACUUUUAGUUGAAACAUCUUUUCAAUUAUAAGAAUAUGUAUAUGCAAGUGAAUUGUACAAAAAAUUAUCCUCUGAAGAUACCUUUAAGUCAUUAUAACAAAAAAAUUCAAAGGCAAAUCAAAUUGAUGAUUAAUAAUAAUAGUCAUCCUAAUAAAUCUAUACAUCGCUGUUGAUAGGGUCAGAUUUACCUUAUCCAGAUUAGCAUCCAAAUACAUUUAGUAAAGAAGAAUUCUAGUUUUUAUUAAAUGUAAUUAAAUUUCGCUUUUAUAUGCUUUCUAAUUCUAAAGAUUGGAAGAAAUAGCUAAUAAAUUUAGAAUAAUCAUUUAAAAACUACAUAAUUUAAUUAGAUUAAUCAAAUGGAAUGGCAUAAAGUAUGGUCCCUUAAUUUUCAUAAGAAAUAUAACCAUACUUAAAAUUGUAAGCUUAAAUGAUUUUGAAAUUGAUGAAAGCCUAGAAACAUUUAACACUCAAUGAAAAUGUUUAGUGUAUAAAAAUGAUAAAUCCAUAAUCUGAAAUUUAAAAUCAAUAAAAUUUAGAAUUCACUAAAUAGAAAUAAUUCUUAUAUUUGGCUUAAAUUUAUAAUAAUCUUGGUUGUGUACAUGCUAAAAUGGGAAAAUAUGCACUUGCUGCUGUUUAUUUUCAUAAGGCUAUAUCUUAAACUAAAUUAGUUCAAUAAUAAUCUAAUCUCUAUGAAGGUAUUAUUAUGACCAAUGUCAAAUAAAGAUUAUAUGCCAUGUAUUAAAACUUAGCAGAUGCUUUAUUUAUGGAUUAAUAAUAUUAAAAAGCUCUUAAUAUUUAUAAUCAACUAUAGGAUUUGUGUAAUUAAAGUGCUAAAUUUUGGUAUAACAGAGGAGUAUGUUUCAUUUAAAUUUAUCAUGAUUCUAUGCCAGAUAAAAAUGAAUUAUAUGAAAUUUCAGAAGAUCAUUAAUAAUUAAAUGCUUAAGAUGAAGGCAAAAAGAUUAUUCUUUAGAGUAAAGAAAUCUAUAGUGAUGCCGAUGAGGAAGUGUAGGAUUAGUUUUAUAAAAUUGAUUAGAAGAAUGAAGAAAAUAAAUUUGUUUAAUCUAAAGCCAAUAAAGAGAUACUAAACAAUGCUAUAAAGUAAGAUAAAUAAAAUCUAUUAGAGAUCUUUUCGUAAUGCAAUAAUUUUAUCAAAAAAAGAAAAAAGAGAGGAAAUCAUUCAUUUAGAUUAAGAUUAAUUACAAAUCUUAGGUUCUUAAAUAUUUGAGUCAUCUAUUGUGUUUUUAACUUAUUCUUUGCUUUGUAGAGGAGAUUAUAAUUUAGCAUUAUCAUAAGGAAAAGAGGCAUUAGAAUAUAAUCUAUCAGAUAAUAAUAAAUUCAUAAUUAUUCAAUAUGUUUUAGAAGCAUAUAUAUAAAUUUCAAAAGUUAAGGAUGCCCUCAAUUUCAUGAACAGUAGUAGUGUGUCUUAAUUUUUAAAUAAAUUUAAUAAUAGCAAUUUAUAAUUUUAAUGUAGAAAUACAAUAGGAAUUCAAACAACUUGUAUUGCAAAUUAUGGACCUAAAGCAAUCUAUCAUUUUAACUUAUCAGUUCUUCAUCUCCAUAAUAAUAAUAUUACUUUAGCUUGGAAUUCAAUUUAAGCUAUGAUGAAUUGCUGUGAAAUUAAUAUCAAUUCAAGCAAUGUAGCUAUUCCAAUUCCAAUUUUAAAUUUAUUAAUUUGGUAUUACUUGAAAUCAGGUAAAAUUAAUUAUUAAUUUAGAUAAUGUUUAACUUGCAAUCCAUUUGAUCAAGAGAAGAAGACUAUUAACAGGAUAGAUGGGAAAAAAUAAAAUAUCUCUGUUAAAUAUUACAAAAUGA